AUGGGUGUCCAGGUGUUUAACAGCCUUGUGGCCUGUGGGAUGAAACUGUCUCCCCAGGAGAUCCGCAGGAACACCCUGAUCAAGGACCAGAUGAGGGAGCGGUGCAUCCCCACGCUGGUGGAGUCCUGGUUCCAGAUCCUGCAGACGUACCAGCAGUCUCACCCCGAGAUCACCUGCCAGUGUCUGGAGGUCGUGGGCGCCUUCGUGUCCUGGAUCGACCUCAACCUCAUCGCCAACGACCGCUUUGUGAACCUGCUGCUGAGCCAGAUGUCGGUGAUGGAGCUGCGUGAGGAGGCCUGUGACUGCCUGUUUGAAAUCAUCAACAAAGGGAUGGACCCUGCGGAUAAGAUCAAGCUGGUGGAGUCUCUGUGUCAGGUGCUGCAGUCUGCCGGCUUCUUCAACGUGGAGCAG